CCAUGGAGCGGGGGCUGGAAUUGGCUGUGUCAUUGUGCAGUCUCUUCAUCUUACAGCAUUUGCCCAGAGGCGGGAUCCGGUGCGACGAAGCUGUCACGACGGAUGCCGCGCGGGGCCGCGCUGCACGGGCUACGGGCUGGACGGGCGGCAGUGACGUGCGUCACUUUUGCGCGUUGGCAUAUUUCUAGGGAGCGUGGGUAUAUUCCUUCUUGUGCAAGCGAUGGCGCCGGGAGCAAGCGCUGACGAUCGCGCUCGGGGCGAAGGCGAUGGUGCUCCGGGCGACGGCGAUCGGGAUGCCGUGGCUCUGGACAUUGGGGUCUCUAUGGUCCGGGUCGCGCGUUUCUUGCCGACUCCCAUGGCGGGAUCGGAUCUCCCCUGCCGUGGAGGCUACCUCGAGCUCAAAGAAUUCUCGACAAUCCGUGAGUGUCUUGACGCGCUGCAAUCCCAAGGCAUCACAACGAUUAAGGCCACGGGGGAGGGGGUUUUCCGGCACUCCCGCAUCUUCGAAGAGCACUUGGGCAUUCAACUGGAAAUCCUACCCGACAUGGAGUGCUUAGUAGCAGGAGCAACGUUCAUGCUACAGGACGCAAAAAAUCAGCAGGAACAUCCUUUAUUCCCGUUCCUGCUCGUCAACUUUGGCACAGGCGUGAACAUGAUCAAGGUGGAAGGCCAUAAUGUUUUCAAAAGAGUUUCGGGCACGACCAUAGGUGGCGGUGCACUGCGCGGCCUCUCAUCGCUUGCAACUUCCUGUCAAAGUUUUCAAAGCUUUUUGGACUUGUGCUCCAAUGGAGAAAGUACUGGAGUGGAUUUGCUCGUCACAGAUAUGCAUGGGACCACGUCAACAGAGGCCAAGCUCCCGCACUCGGCCAUAGCUGCGAGUCUUGGAAAAUUGAGCUGGGGUGAAUCCACAGGGCAUUGGCGAGAGGAGGACAUUGCUAUGUCACUCCUUCGGAUGAUAGUGAACAACAUCUCCCAGAUAGCUUCGCUCACCGCUGCCGGACAGAACGUGAAGAAGACUGUGUUCACCGGAAGCUUUUUGCGUGGCCCCGUGGUAAACGUGCUGAGAUCUGCGAUGCAGUUCUGGUCUCCGGCAGCACAGCCAGUUUUCCUCCACAGCGAUUACCUCAAAACGGCCGGUGCAUUCUUGGCAGGGCCUCGGUGUUGCUCCACUCCUCCCAUGACUAAAAAGGGAUACACUCCUCCUCAUUUGAGGAGGGCACCGGAGCCACUUUCAGCUGCAACCAAGGAUGAGCUGAGCUCAACAUUGCUCAAUGCCGCGCGAUGCCUCAAGGCGUCCGGAGAUUUGUCGGAGAGGACGUUUAAUUACAUUGUCAAGGAUCUCUGCGGCGGUGAGCUGGGAACAAAGCACAUCAACACCAAGUUCAAUGAAGAAUUCACGUUGAUCAAACAGCUUGGAAGAGGUGCUGACGGUGUGGUUUACAUGUGCCGACACAAGUUUGACGGACAAGUGUACGCGGUAAAGCAGAUCCAUGUCCGGAAAGACCUUGAGAGUGUCAUGAAGGAAGCAAGAACACUUUCAACUCUGGCUCAUGCAAACAUUGUGAAAUAUCAUACUUCUUGGUGGGAGGAGCAGCCUGGUGGGGGUUGUGUGGUGUACAUCCAAAUGCAAUACUGCACGAGCUCGUUAAAAGAUAUGCUGGAAGAUCCAAAAGCCUUGAUCCCGGUGGCAGCGUUCAACGAGCUCGUUCAAGCUGUUGAGUACCUGCAUGAAAAAAAAAUCAUUCACAGAGACAUCGCUCCGAAGAAUAUCUUUUUCGACGACUAUAAUCGCCUGAAACUGGGAGAUUUCGGGCUGGCGAAGAAGAAGUUGUCGCUCCCGAGAGAGGGUGGGAAAGUUGGGACAGGCAUGUACUCCUCGCCAAAGCAACUCGAGAAUGAGAUGGCUUCCGAUAUUUUCAGCCUGGGGAUGAUACUUUUCGAGCUCAAUUGCCGCUUCUCACCCGAGAACCAAGACAGAGACUCCACGAUGCAGCUGGCUAAGGAUGGCAUCUUCCCAAAGGAGUGGGAAAUUGCAAACCAGGAAUUGGCAGAGAAGAUUCGGAGCAUGCUACAUCCAAACAGGAGCCUCAGGCCGACAGCCAGCCAGAUCCUGGCUUCUCUCCCGUAGAAACAACAUUCCAUUAGAGAAUGUAAUGGACCUCAGUCCCACUUUCUCACCUCCGCGGGCUAAUGGCUGUCCCCUGGUGCUAGGCUCAUUCUCCACCGAUCAACUUCAAGCUUCCAGCAAAAUGGAAUGCUUUCUCGAGGUCAAAAACCAGAUCAACGACCGGUGUGAAGACCAAAGACGACCGGAGACCACGUUGGCCUCUACCCAAAUGGUUGCUUCUACAAUUGCAUGCAUGAUCCAUGCAAUUUUGGCUCGCCUCGCUAGAGCUUGCACUGCAGCAAAAGGUGGCGGAGAGGUUGCAAAACCUUUGGCCACCACUUAUUUUGAGAAAAUGAGAAUAAGCACACACUCAAAUUUGAAUAGAUAAAGCUUGAUCA